AUGACUUACGCGGCGCCCGAGCAGAUGCCCAUCAUAGUUGUUGUUGUUGCAGUCGCAACAGCCCCCCAGCUCCCACCUGUCUAUGCGGCUCCCGCCCUGGAGAUGCAGCCUGCACCGGCCAUCCAUGCCGCUCCUGCUGGGGACAUCCCACAGGCAUAUGCGGGCUCGCCAGAGGCAGCAGUCCCAAUGAUAUCCUCUGCUGCCGCACCGGGCCCGAUUUGCUGCGGAAAAGUCUGCUGCUCCGACUGGCACUUUUGCCCCUUUUGUGGGAGCCCUGUGGCUGUGUAUGAUCCAGCGAUUUAUCCAGCUCCUGAGCAGCAGCGCAUGACCUCUGCUGCUCCCGUUGCAGAGCUGAGCACACCGGCAAUUUACGCAGCGCCCGCGCAGCAGCAGAUGACCUGCGCUCCAGCUAGCGCACCCGCUGCUAGCUAUGCAGCCCAGCCCAUGACCCAUGCUGCCCCGGCCGCAGUACCACCUUCACCGUCCCCUGCUUUGCCAAUCCUCCUCGGAAAACAAUGGAGCAGCAACAACGCAGGAUAUAGCCAGAGCGAAUGGUGGGGCGGCUACGAUGAGACCGAAUGGCGCCACAACGGAGGCAGCAAGCGAAGGUACAAGGGCAAGAGAUCGGGAAAGCACGAUUGGGCCCGUUGGAACGGCACUGAGUCCUGGUGGACUUCCCACUCCGGCGAGGAGUGGCUCGAGGACUCCCAAAACUGGACUGAGCCACAGCGCAGCGCUCCGCAAUGGGUCUGA